GAAAAAUAAUCAUAACAAUAACAUAACCUGUGUUAAACAAAGUUUGAAGCAACUAGUAAUUUUAUUAAAAGAUUAUGGUAGCAAAUAACUAAGUAAACAUGAGAAAAGAAUUUAAUUCUAUAAAAUUUAUUAUCUAUUUCCAGUUCAUUUCUAAAAUGCAUGAAGGAACUCCUAGCUAUGGAGAUUGUCAUAGAAGCAAUAUUUAAAGUGUUAGCUACUGAGGGAUCAUUUUAUUGUAUUUAUUAUUUUAGUAAGAAAUGUAUAUUUUGGAAUAAAUCAAAAGAGUUGGACGUGAUUUACCAUAGUGAUAACUAUUUGAUAGUUAACAAGGAUUAUGAUGUUCUUAUAAAUAGUGAUGAACCAAACAGUAAGACAUUGCAAUACAAGCUUUGCUGGCAAUUCCCAAAUCUAGUCAACCCAAAACUGCAACAUGGGUUUUACUUCACUCACCGCCUGGAUUACUGUACCAGUGGGGUUAUCUGUAUUGCCUUACACAAGACAGCCUGCUCAGCUGCGUCAUCUGCCUUUCAGAAGAGAACUACGAGGAAAUAUUACUUAGCCCUUCUUCGGGGACAUGUUUCCGAAGAGUUCAUUGAAAUAAAGAACGGUAUUGGAGAAGAUGCAAGGGAAGUGGAGGGGAAUCACCGCAUGUGUGUGGAGGAGGAUCAGUCGUGCCUGAAGCCUCGUAGCGCACUCACCAAGUUGCUGGUAUUACAGCGAGGGAUAUAUGAUGGAUAUCCAGCCACCAAGGUUUUGUUGAGGCCCAUUACCGGCAGACGUCACCAGUUGCGGGUCCAUUGCUGCCACCUCGGCCACACCAUUGUCGGAGACUACACCUACAGUCGACGGAGAGAUAUAUCACCCAGUAGAACGUUCCUGCAUUCCUUUAGGUUGGUGCUGCCGAGUUCAGUGGAGCACAUAGAUGUGACUACUCCAGACCCAUUUGACGAGGAUUCUUGUGAUGGCUGGAUCCCGGUUGAGACACUAAACAAGUUGAACAGUGGUGACAAGUUGAACAAUGGUGUCUUUGACAAGUUAAAUAUUUAAUAACAGUUGCUAUUGUAUUCAAAUUGAGAUUUGUUCUAGCAAAGAGGGAAUGCUAGUCAGCUGUAGGCUGUGAAUCAGAGGCUCCACUUUGAACAUGGGCUAAAAUUUAAAACAGUGUUAUAAAUAGCAAUUUGUCUCAAUACUAAAUAAUAGUAAACAGUAUGAUUAACUGUUGAUAUUAAUUAAUUGUUUAUAAUUUAUAUUCAGUAUAGACUUUCUCAAAUAAUCGUAAAUUAUAUAAGUUUCUUUAGAGGAAAAUUUAUGGAUUUUAGACUAAUUCAUAUUUUUAAUAACUUUUGCUCUAUUUAAAAGCGGAGCCUAUGGCCAUAUCUAACCAGCAUGCUUUUAUAAAAGUUGUUGAAAAAAUGUUUAUGAUUUCUUAGUUAAAACAUAUUAUGACAUAUUUUUAUUAGUGUUAAUAUUAAAUAUAAGAUAUUUUUAUUAAAGUAUAUUGUUGUUUUGUAAAGUUUAUAGUGUUUAUUGAUUGAAUAGCCAAGAAGAAAUUAUUUCAUAAUCUUAGAGUGUUAAUAUAAUAACUUGUGUAUAAGGAAUGUUUAAGUGAAUGAAACUUGAACUGGCGUAUAUCAUAUAUUAUAGGUGUAAUAAAUAAAUGUUUAAUUAAUUAUUAUA